AUGGGUCCAAAAUGUCCAAAGAACCAGUGUCCUUAUUGUGGCGUGUAUCAUUCUAAUGUAGUGCAGCAUGUUAAAGAAAGACAUCUUGCUAAAAGGGAACAAUGUCCCACUUGUCAUACUACAUUUACACGCAGAACCUCUUUAAUAAGGCAUCUGAAUCAUUCAUGCAAAUCUUUACAAUACACUCUGGAUACUAUAAAAUAA